AUGGUUGCUCUCAAACACAUUUUACUGGCUUCAUUAGCCACCCUGGCUGUCGCAUCGCCUGCCUCGACCCAAGCAGAGAAGCCUGGCGGCUCUACAGCCAACAUCGCCGACCAUGGCGGACCUGGCUGGGCUGCGGCAGGUGAUGGUGCUGGACCACAUGAACAUGGUACCUGGCAAAAAGCUGGCAAAGGUGGUGCCGGGGACGAUGGGCACAGAGCCACUGCAGGCAUGGACAAUGAUAAGAACAAGUACAGCCUACACCAGGCCCGCGACGAGGAUCACCGCAACCGCAAAUGGGAGCAUGUACAAUCUCCAGGCACGGACGGAGACGACGGUCACCACGAUCGCCAUCACACCCGGGACGCAAACCCUAGCAUCGACCUAGACCACGACGAUCCAAUACUCUCUCAGAUGCGCAAGAUGCUUGGAGGGGCUAACGAGACCAACAGCCAGGAGCAUGAGGGCAGACACCACCACAAUCGUCGAGGUGUCAAAGGGAUCUACGAAUGCAUGAAUCACAACUUUGUUGCCCCAUGCAAGUGGACCGAGAUCAAGUCGGAGAGCCAGUGUUACAACGCUGUUUACAACUGGAAGGGCUCGAUGGGUCCCGACAAAGGCCUAUGCUGCACAAUCUAUGAGAAGAAAAACUGCAACAAGGACGGCUGGCAGACAAUCGACGACAGAUUCCGCUAUCCCGGAAUUGCGGAUUACGGGAAAAGCAUGUUGCUGCUGAACGAGGGGUUCAACGACGAAGGCAUAGUCAGUCUGAAGUGCAAGUUCAAAGAAUGUGCUCAGUGA